UUAUCAUAUUCAGUCUGUGACCAGAACACGAAGGGAAGGCAGUGUGAACUUAAGCCCGUUGCUGUUUGGACUUGAUUAUUUGUUUAAUUAUUACGUGUUGUGAUUUUAUAAUUGCUGCAAUGUUUUUAAUUCUAAAAUAAACAAUGAUAAUAGUAUAUAAAUAGAUAAAAAACUUUUCGUCGACGUCUCUCUUCAAGUCCACUUUCUCUUUGGUCUUCAAUAGGAACAUUUUCAAUAAGUUACGCACGAUUAUAAUUUCGAAAUGGAAUAUUUUGAAAACACACCUGAGACAGACAAUCAGAAUUUUUUACCUGCCGAGUUUAGAGAAAACAACGAAGGUUUUGUGAACGGUAGACCAAAAUUUAAAGAACCUUUAUGGAUUUUCGGAUAUGGUUCUCUCUGCUGGAACCCCGGCUUUGAAUAUCAGCAAUCAGUAACUGGAUAUGUAAAAGGAUUUUCAAGAAGAUUUUGGCAAGGAAAUACUACUCACCGUGGUACAAAUUCGAAGCCUGGACGAGUUGCAACUUUAGUUGAAGAUAAAGAGGGUGUCACUUGGGGCAAAGCAUUUCUUGUAGCAGCCGAUGACCAUUCCGCUCUACCAUACCUCACCAAUAGAGAAUGUCAGUUGGGAGGCUACCGAACCUAUACGGUACACUUUCAUCCGAGGUCCUUCUAUUUUCCAACCAACCACUCACAUAGUUCAAAUCACCUAAAUAGUUCAACUCUCCCACAUAGUGAAAGCCAGAAAGAUGCUGUUCUUUAUAUAGCAGUGCCGGAGAAUCGACAUUGGCUUGGCGCCGCUCCCCUUCCAGAAAUAGCUAAACAAAUCUUAGAGUGCCGAGGUGCUUCCGGAUCUAAUGUUGAAUACCUCUUACGUCUUGCGGAUUUCAUGAGAGAAGAGGUACCUGAAGCGCUAGAUGAACAUCUUUUCUCUUUAGAAAGAUUAGUUAGAAAAUUCGCCUGUGAUAUGAAGAUCUGCCUUCAGACUCUUAUGGUUGAUAAUAGAGGGCCAAGUCAAGAGAAAGAAGGACCAAGUCAGGAGGAAGAAAAGGUUUCAAGUCUCCAAUUCGCUUCUAGAAUUCCUGAUAAGAAAUUGCGUUGUGUCAACAUGUGAUUUUGUUUGGUUUAAUUUUUGAACGUGGUGCUUAUUGAUAAGUAUUUUUGCUGAUAUGCUCGACGUGCUGGUAGCUCGUAGCAUAUAGCUUUUAAAUAGUAAAUUUUCCUACAUUCAACCUUUUCACCACGUAUUAUCCAACGUCAAUUUGGCUUAAAUUUAGUUAAUUUAGCAUUUCUUAACUCGUCUUCUAGAUGUUUUUGGGUUUUGAAGGCUUUGAAAAGGCGAUAAGUAGAGCGAAUAUUAUGACUAAGUUUUAAUUAUGUACCAAAUCAAAAUGACAUUACAACAUUAGUAUAAGUUUAAGGUAGAAAAGAUGACCCCACGCAAUAUAUAAUUAACUCAAAUUAUUAACGUGUGACCAUGUUUUGUUUUGAAUUGUUUUAGUUGAGCAUGGCUCUGUCAUCAUUAGUUUCAUAAUAUUCAUUGUUCCUAGCAAUAGUUUGAUAAUAACAUUUGACAUAAUAUGACAUGACAAUAUUAAAUAAAAAUGGUUUUCCAUACAGUAAUAAUAAAUUUCAGAUUCAAUUGUUUGAACAACAAUAACAUAAUAUAUUUUCGACUUUAUAUGUGACAUAGCACUUGUGUAUAUUACACAUAAUUUCAAUUGAUAAAAAUAAUAUUCUGUCUUGUUGGACACAUCGAACUCUAUUUUUAAAUGGAAACUUGGACAUACAAUUUCGUUAUUUUUUUAUCAUGCCAAAAUAAAAAGUAUUAUGUUAGAAUUUAAAUUUUGCGUUAAUUAUAAAAUAUUGUUUGUUAUUUAUAACGGGAUUUUAGUAAUUGACUAAGCUAAUUAACUAGCUGAAAGCUGGUCUUAAUCUUAAGUUUUUGCUAAUUCAACCAAUGAGAACAAACCAAACAAAGUUCUUAACUCUAGGGAGGCUAUAUUGGCCGUUAAACAAUUGUUUUUCAAAGUUUUGCAUAAUCUGUGAAAUGGUAUGGUAUCAAUCUUUGCUGGUUUUUGUAUUAAAUUUGAUCAAAAGAUCCUUCAGAUCACAAGUAUAUAAUCUUAAGUCUUCAUGGUAAUUUGACUAGUUUUUAAAUGAAAAAAUGUAGAAAGUAUUUCUAUGUCCCUUUGUAAUUAAAGUUUGUUAACAUUUUAAAUGUUUCAUAAUUUUAUACUACAACAUCACAAACUCCGAUAUCUCAUUUAUAAUAAUAUACGAAUAGUGAUACAGUGCAAAGCGCUUUGAAUACGCUUGACUAUAUCUUUUAUUUUUGGUUCCUCAUUUUGAAACUUGUGAUAACUAAUAUUUGUAACAAAAUAAUGUAUUUUUAUAUUGUAUUUUAAGUGUCAUAAGUAAGUAAUGUUUGUCUUUUUAUCUGUAAUGCGAGGUCAAUAAAGAUAACUUGUGAUUAACUCGAUUCAAAUUUAUUAUGUAUUAAAAUUUUGUAAACAAAUAUAUAACGAAGUGAUCAAAUU